ACGGUAAAUAAAACAUGCUACGUCGGACGACUUGAAUAUAUUAUCGACGGAUAUCACGAAGUUACAUAUAUUUACAUGACGUAUUUCCACCAAUACAAUAUAUACACGUGUACGGUAGAUAUAGCAUACUACGUCGGACGAAUCGAAUAUAUUAUCGACGGAUAUCACGAAGUUACAUAUAUUUACAUGACGUAUUUCCACCAAUACAAUAUAUACACGUGUACUGUAGAUACAACGGACUAGGUCAAUCAAAAGUCAUAGUAUAUAUUAAAUAAGAUGAAAAUAAUCAGAAAUAAUAUUUUAUUUCUGGCCCCUCUUCUCUCUCACGCACAUUUUUCACACAAUUGAAAACCCUUUUGCUUAAGCAACCCAAAACCUGUGAGACUGUCACUCUCAUUGAUGAUCUGCUUAUCUCAACAAAAAUCAAUUAAGUGUUUUUUCUAGAGGAAACUAGCUUUUGUAGGUUUUAUUUGCCAUUGAUAAAGCUCGUUUACAGCCAGGAGAUCCAAAAGUUUGACAUAUCACCUGAUAAGACACAGUCACAAUGAACAGAACAAUGAACAGAUAUAAUUUGUUGGAUCUCACUAUUAGGGAUAUUCUUCGUGUGAUCAAUCCCUCAAAUGACGAUUGGUCCUUCCGGUUUCAAAUGAUUAAUGAGAUACGAGCUAUUGUUGGAUCAAUAGAAAAUCUGAGAGGUGCAACUGUGGAACCAUUUGGCUCUUUUGCAUCUAAUCUCUUUACAAAAUGGGGAGAUUUAGAUAUAUCAAUAGAGUUGCAAAAUGGUACAUAUAUCUCGUCUCCAGGGAAAAAGCACAAGCAAAGUGUGCUGCAAGAAGUACUGAAAGCUUUCAGAAAGAAAGGUGGGUUCCGUAAACUGAAGUUCAUCGCCAAUGCAAGGGUACCCAUUCUGAAGUUUGAGGGGAGCUACAAUAUCUCGUGUGACAUCUCGAUCAACAACUUAAGUGGUCAGAUGAAGUCGAAGAUCUUAUUCUGGAUCAACGAGAUUGAUGGGCGCUUCCGUGAUCUUGUUAUGCUGGUCAAAGAAUGGGCCAAAGCUCACCAUAUUAAUGAUUCAAAGUCUGGAACUCUGAACUCGUACUCUCUCAGUCUGCUUGUAAUUUUCCAUCUGCAGACUUUGGUACCGGCGAUAUUACCCCCUCUUAGAGAAAUUUAUCCCGGGAAUAUGAUUGAUGACCUUACAGGUGUGAGGACUGUUGCAGAAAAAAAUAUCGAAGAUAUUUGUGCUGCAAACAUACACAGAAUUAGGUCGGACAGGUCGAGGUUGAUCAACAGAAGCACUUUGUCUGCGCUUUUCAUUUCAUUCCUCACGAAGUUUGCGGACAUUUGUUCAAGAGCUUCUACUCAAGGCAUUUGCCCUUAUUCUGGUCAGUUGGAGGAUAUUCAUACCAACAUGCGAUGGUUGCCUAGAACCUAUGCGCUAUUUGUUGAAGAUCCAUUUGAGCAGCCAGCGAAUACUGCUAGGACAGUUAGCAGUAACCAGUUAAUAAGGAUAUCACAAGCAAUCCAGGCGACUCAUGGAAUACUUGUGGCAGCAAAUCAAGACCGAACUUGUCUGAUUCCAGUUCUGGCGGGCCCACACAUCUCAUGUUUCUUCAUGAGACCAUCUGUACCAGCUCCUCCACUCUUCAAUCAAUUCCCAUCAAGAACUUCUUCCAGCACUCAACUUCCAUCAAGAGCGUCUUCUUCGAGCAGAAAUGGGCAUAGAACUCACCCACCACAGAGAAAGAAGACGCAAGACAGUUCUCAGGACAAAAGGUUGGAUAAACGUCCAACCGAACCAUCAAAGAGUCCAACACCGCCACCAUCUACAAGUCAAAAGCAGCAAGUGUGGCGGCCAAGAUCUGAGAGCUAAGGAGGGGAGAUCAAACUGGUUCUGAUGGCUGAGAGAGAGAGAGAGGGGCUGAGUCGAUUGUUUGCUGAUGAAAUGGAACCCCAGAAAUCCAGCGUAAGAACAUAUUUAUCAGAGCAAUGGUUUUGUUGGCUGAGGGGUUGGUUAAUUUUCGAAGCAUACAAUUACAAACUACAAUGAUGAGUCAUUUUGAACUAUAAUCAUGAUAGAUGUGCAAUUAUUUUUGCCCGAGGAAAAACAAAAAACUUUAGAAUUCCUUGAACUGAAGGAAAAUUCGAACUUAUGCUAUUCUUGUGCGCAAUUUGAUUUGCCGAGAUUAAUCUCGAGCAUGAUGAUGAUUUUGUUCUUAUGUCUGAGUUUUCAUUAAUAUCAUGGGCUAGAGCAUGUAAAGUGGAGAACAUUAUAAUGAAGAUUUCUUUCAUUAAUUACUAA